UCUGACUGUACAUCGUGCUUGAAAAGGCGCGAUAUACCUUCAGUCGGUAGCCCAUAACAGUUUAUCGUUGCAUAUUUCUUCUUAGGUGGUAUUCUAAAAAGUCUGGAACAGUUUCAGAGUUGGGACACCAGCACCCAUCUGUGAAAAGGCAUGGCUGUUCUGAAGCUCCGCUUGAACAUCCUGGAGAAGAUGUGGACCUUCAAGUCUUACCAGGUUGUACUGCUGCUUGGCGCUGCGUUGGCUGUGGUCGCCUUCUACUACUUUGGCUCGGAGAGGGAGAACUUCUCCAGCACCACAAAGCGCAUCAAGCAGUCACAGGCCAGCCACAAUUCAAACAGAAAUGACGCUAGCCCGCCCCUGCAUGCCAGCCCGGAGCAUCCCGAGGCAGACGGCUCCAAAGACGAGGAGCAGGAGACCCAGAGGAGGAGUGCCAGCAGUGGGCCUCAGGGAGCUGAGCACUACCACAUGCUCAUGAUGUUCACCAAGGUGAACAAAAACAGGGGCCUCCAGGAGAAAUUCCAAGUAGCUAUGAGGUCCAUGGUAAAACAUGGGAGCUUCUUUGACAGAGAGGUGCUUGUUUUCCACUUCGUGAGCGAUGAUGCUAGUCGAAGGCUUGCAGAGAAGAUGCUUCCAGAACUGCUCACUGGUGCUUCUUUCCACUAUGAGGUGGUGUUCCACGAUGUGGCCCUUCUGACCGAGAAGCUCUUCCCCAUUGUCGAGGCCAUGCAGAAACACUUUAGUGCUGGAUCUGGGGCCUACUACAGCGAUGCCAUUUUCUUCCUGUCUGUGGCCAUGCACCGCAUCAUGUCUUCAGACCUGAAGUGCAUCUUGCAGCUCGAUUUGGACCUACAGUUCAGGAGUAACAUCAGGGACCUGUUUCAGGAGUUUGACAGUUUUCCGUCCGGCGCCGUGAUCGGGAUUGUCAGAGAGAUGCAGCCUGUGUACAGGCACACGUUUUGGCAAUACCGCAAGGAGAACCCCAAGUCAAAAGUGGGUGACCCUCCUCCAGAUGGCAAGCCUGGCUUCAACAGCGGGGUCAUGCUUCUACACCUAGAGGCCAUGCGCCACUCUGCGCUCUACAACCAGCUUCUGGAGCCAAAGCGAGUGGCUGAGCUGGCGGAACAGUAUCACUUCCGAGGCCACUUAGGCGACCAGGACUUCUUCACCAUGAUCGGCAUGGAGCACCCGGACCUGUUUCAUCCGCUCUCCUGUGGCUGGAAUCGACAGCUGUGCACCUGGUGGAGGGAGCAUGGCUACGGCGACAUCUUUGAGUCUUACUACCGCUGCGAAGACACAGUACACAUCUACCACGGCAACUGCAACACUCCCAUCCCUGAUGACUGAAGAUGACUCCUAAGGUGUUUAUUGGUCCUCUCUAAAUCUGUGUGACAGCUGCAAUAUUCCCA